CCGAGCGCGCCGGCGCCGCGACCGCAGACAAAGGCGCCGCUCGCGCCCGGGCCGCCGCGCUCUCGGGCUCUGCUUUGGGGGAGUGCUGCACACAGCAGGAGGGGCGGCUGGGCAGUGCAGAGCCUGGAAUCCCCUGAGCAAGCAGUGUUUCAGCUGGCUGGACAGAUCAAAUAACAUUUGGGCUGGUUAACAAAGGACACGCAAGUGGGAAGGUGUUGGAAGCUGGAGUGUGGAAAUUUACCCAACGUUAUUCCUUUGACAGAAAAGGGGACAUGGUCUGAAAGAUGCCGCAUUCCUGCAGCCUGUCUGAGUUCAGCAGCACACAGUCUUGUGCAAGGUGGUGUGGAGGAGGGGGUGACAGAGGACAUUGCCCCAUCUGAAGCCCCUGGAGGAUCCUGGCUUGGCAGCUGAGUGCCCCUCAGCGUUGGGACUUGAGGUGUAACUUGGUGUAGAGCCCAAGAAAGGUGGUUGGGUUUCUCUGGCUUUCUUCACCAAUGCUCACCAGCCUGGUUUGGGUUGCAGAAUCUAAGGGGAACUGGUAGAAAGCGGAGCUGGCAGAAGUAGAAAGAAGCCCCUGGAAGCCUCCAGAAUCCAUUGCUGGGAUCACUUCAUCCUGCUCAGGACACAGAGAAUAGCUACCAAGCUGCUGGAUGCUGUGACAGAACCGAGCUCUGGACCAUCGUAAGUCAAGGAGCACAGCUCAGCAACAGCUCUGCAUUUCAGCCGGAAGGAACAUCUUUUAACAAAAGAUUCAGAGAGGAGAGUUUCUGCAUCUUUUACCUUGAGGUCCAUAUGGUAGAACACUUUACACUCACAUAGAUAAUGAGACUGGUAUUUCUCUCCAAGAUGCUACCUUUGAAAAAAGCAUGAGCCAUUCUAAGCUUCGAGGAGAGUUCAGGGUCCAGAGGCGUUGGCGGACAGCCCUCCCGACGCAGGUUAAGAAAACAGUCUGAGCCUUCGCCUUCCACAGUUCAGCAAGCGUGGACAUACGCCACUCCUUUCUCCAGAAAGCUGGUGGCAGUGCCCUCACCACGAGAAAAAGCAGCCCUCAGCUCUGGGACUCGACAGAAUGAGGUGUGCUGGGGAAGCCGCUACCCAGGACGUGGCCGCCGUUGACUGCCCCUCCAUCGCCCGGGCAGACCCUGACCACUGAGCCGACAAUGGCUGAGAAGGGUGACUGCGUCGCCAGCGUCUAUGGGUAUGACCUUGGUGGGCGCUUUGUUGACUUCCAACCCCUGGGCUUCGGUGUCAAUGGGCUGGUGCUGUCGGCCGUGGACAGCAGGGCCUGCCGGAAGGUGGCCGUGAAGAAGAUCAUCCUGAGCGACGCCCGCAGCAUGAAGCACGCGCUCCGGGAGAUCAAGAUCAUCCGGCGCCUGGACCAUGACAACAUCGUGAAGGUGUACGAGGUGCUGGGACCCAAGGGCACUGACCUGCAGGGCGAGCUGUUCAAGUUCAGCGUGGCCUACAUCGUCCAGGAGCACAUGGAGACCGACCUGGCACGUCUGCUGGAGCAGGGCACGCUGACGGAGGAACACGCAAAGCUGUUCAUGUACCAGCUGCUCCGCGGGCUCAAGUACAUCCACUCCGCCAAUGUGCUGCACAGGGACCUGAAGCCUGCCAACAUCUUCAUCAGCACAGAGGACCUCGUGCUCAAGAUCGGGGAUUUCGGGUUGGCAAGGAUUGUUGACCAGCAUUAUUCACACAAGGGUUAUCUGUCAGAAGGGCUGGUAACCAAGUGGUACCGCUCACCGCGCCUGCUCCUCUCCCCGAACAACUACACCAAAGCCAUCGACAUGUGGGCCGCCGGCUGCAUCCUGGCCGAGAUGCUCACGGGGAGGAUGCUCUUUGCUGGGGCUCACGAGCUGGAGCAGAUGCAGCUCAUCCUAGAGACCAUCCCUGUGAUCCGGGAGGAGGACAAAGAUGAGCUGCUCAGGGUGAUGCCUUCCUUCGUCAGCAGCAGCUGGGAGGUGAAGAGGCCGCUGCGCAAGCUGCUCCCCGAAGUGAACAGCGAAGCCAUCGACUUUCUAGAGAAGAUCCUGACCUUUAACCCCAUGGAUCGCCUAACAGCCGAGAUGGGGCUGCAGCACCCCUACAUGAGCCCAUACUCAUGCCCCGAGGAUGAGCCCACCUCACAGCACCCCUUCCGCAUUGAAGAUGAGAUCGAUGACAUCCUGCUGAUGGCUGCCAACCAGAGCCAGCUCUCCAACUGGGACAGGUACCCUGUGAGCCUGUCAUCGGACCUGGAGUGGAGGCCGGACCGGUGCCAGGACACGAGCGAGGUGCAGCGCGACCCGCGCGCGGGCUCGGCGCCCCUGGCGGAGGACGUGCAGGUGGACCCGCGCAAGGACUCGCAGGGCAGCUCGGAGCGCUUCCUGGAGCGCUCGCACUCGUCCAUGGAGCGCGCCUUCGAGGCCGACUGCGGGCGCUCCUGCGACUACAAGGUGGGCUCGCCCUCCUACCUGGACAAGCUGCUGUGGCGCGACAGCAAGCCGCACCACUACUCAGAGCCCAAGCUCAUCCUGGACCUGUCGCACUGGAAGCAGGCGGCCGGGGCGCCCCCGAGCUCCGCGGUGGCCGCCGACGCCGGGCCGCACGAGGACGAG